AAAUCGUACGCUAAUAUAAAUUGUGGUAUAAUAAAUUAUGAUAAAAUCGAUUUUUCGUUAUGGUUUGAUGAAUACAAUUUUUGUUUUUGUUGUUGAUUAAUUAUUAAAUAUAUUACUUCUUGAAAUUAACCGGUUAGGACUAUUUUACAUUGAUUUCUUCUUCUUAUUUCAUAGUUUCAUACAGGAUCCGGUCGGCCGAAAAUAUGUAAAAUUGUGUUUUAUUUAGACGGAGUGGAUUACAUAUCAUUAAUAUGUGGGUGAUCCCUAAGGAAGUUUACGCCAAUCCUUUAUGGCACAAUGAAAAAUUAAGUGUAUAUUUUCUGUUACAACACCGCGUCGGUCAUGGACAGGGGAAUAAAUUAUCUUCAUUAUUAGUUGGAACGUUUGAUAGUCUCUUUGAAACCAAACCUAGUCCUUACAGGAUCUUACAUCAAACACCAAAAUCAGAAAAGUGUUAUGAAAUAGCUUGUGCAUUAACUGAAUCAGAUAUUUUAAAAGAUUGGGAGUGGUUGGAAAAUAACUUGGAUCUCAAAAUAUUUGAGAAUGAAGAUGAUGUUACUGACUUUGUGUUAUGUAAAAUUAAAAGCUUAGUAGCAACUAAUGCAUCAGAGACACCUGAUGAAGAAAAUUCUGAAUCAUUUAAAGAUGCAACUAUAAAAUUUCAUCGUUUGUUCAAUAUGUCAUGUGAUACAAAUUUGGUUUGUUACUACUCUUGCAGCUAUUUGAAAAAUAAAAUUCCUCACCAAGGCUGGCUGUAUUUGUCUUUAGAAUAUUUAUGUUUUUAUUCAUAUUUGUUCGGAAUAGAGUAUAAAAUAGUUGUAAGAUGGACCGAUGUAAUCAAUUUGGAUAAAAAUACUGGUGUAUUAACAGACACAAUUAAAGUGAUAACAAGAGACAAAAGAGAAUAUAGAUUUUUUAUGUUCCUACAUUCAUCGGAAACAUUUGAUUUAAUGAAGCAAUUAGUUAAUCUAGCAAUGAAAGGAAUUAUUAAUGACAGGUGGUUCAAUAAAGAUCAUGAUCUUCUACUCAAAGCCAAUAAGUAUGUUUUAAAAAAACAAUCUUUUGUGAAACGUGACUUGGAUGCAAGAGCUAUGUCUGAAUCAUAUCGGCUUCUAUUCAGAUUACCCUUAAAUGAAAAACUAGAUGGAAUUACAAAUGCUUCAUUAUUUAAAAUGUACACUAAAAAACCAGUGUUUGGGCAAGUAUACUUGUCUCAAAACUUUUUGUGUUUUAAUAGUAGUAAAACAAAAGAUCCAUUGAAUGUGGUUAUUCCAUUAUGUGAUGUAUCACAAGUUGAGAAAAUUGAACAAAAUGAGGAUAUGUUAUUUGAUAAUGCCGUUAUAAUAACAUUGAAACAAACAAGUGCUAAUAAAGAACCUUCAGUUUUCAUAUUUUCACAAAUUUUGAAAAGAGACUUUUUUUUAAAAAACAUUUCUGACCAUUUAGGCAGUUUAGAAACAAGAUCAAGUUCUAAAUUUCAAGGAACUGAUUCAAUAUCAGAUAGCGAAAUAAAACAACCAUUGAGGUUUACUUUUGGAACAAAAGAUCAGGAUAAUUCUAUUAUAAAAAUCAAACAACGGACUAAGGAAGUUAAUUGGGAAUUGUACUUCAAAGAUCAUGGGGACAGUAUUUCAAUGUAUAAAACAAAAGAAUUAGUUAAAUUAGUUUUAGAUGGUAUACCAGAAUCAUUGAGAUCAAAUCUUUGGCUAAAAUUUUCUGGGGCUUACCAUGAUAUGGUGGCUAAUCCAGGUCUAUACAAUGAAUUAGUAAAUAUUGCUUCUACAACUAAAUCUAUAUCUCAUGAUGAAAUUGAAAGAGAUUUACAUAGAUCAUUACCUGAACAUCCAGCAUUCCAAUCUGAAAUUGGUAUUAAUGCAUUGCGUAGGGUCCUCACAGCGUAUGCAACAAAAAAUCCUCAAAUUGGUUACUGCCAGGCCAUGAACAUAAUUGCAUCUGUGUUGUUGAUUUACUGUACUGAAGAAGAAGCGUUUUGGCUAUUGGCCUGCAUUUGUGAAAAUAUGUUACCAGAUUAUUAUAACAAUAAAGUAGUAGGAGCUUUAGUUGACCAAGGAGUUAUGGAUAAUCUUAUAGCCAAUAAUUUACCAUAUAUUUAUGAUAUUUUGUCUAGACUUGGUUUAAUUCAAAUGAUAUCAUUAUCUUGGUUUCUUACAAUAUUUCUUAGUGUAAUGAAUUAUCAAAGCGCAAUUUAUAUUGUUGAUUGGUUUUUCUUUGAUGGAGCUAAAGUUAUAUUUCAAGUGGCUUUAUCUAUUUUAGAAAUGAAUCAUAAACGAUUAGCUUGUUGUCAUGAUGAUGGUGAAGCAAUGCAAACUUUGUGCAAUUAUUUAUCAGGAAUCUAUAAUGAAGAAUUUGAGCAAAGUGAUUUAUAUAAAGAUGGUGAUAAAAUAGAUCGGAGUGUGUCAGUUCAAGAAUUAAUAAAUAAUGGAUAUACAAAAUUUAAAUCUGUUAAUAGUAAAAUGAUAGAAAAUCUUCGUGUCAUGAAUAGACUUAAGGUGGUUCAAUCAUUGGAAGACGGAAAUGAAAAAAAUAUUGUUAGGUUAUUACUUCAAGAUAAUUAUUUUUCAUCAGAUGAACUGAUGGAUUUGCUAAAAUUUGUUAGAGAAGAAGUGGUUUCUGUGCAUAAAAGAACCCAUGUUCAGCCACUUAAGGCAGAAACACCUAUGGAACCAUAUGAAUCUUAUAGAAUUGACUUUCAGCUGUUUGAAACCAUGUUUACGGCAAUAUCCCCUUUAGCUAAAAAUAGUAGUACUAAUAAUUUGUCAGUUCGACUUUUUAAGCUGAUGGACAUGAAUGAUGAUGGAUUCUUAGACUUCCGUGAGUUAACAAAAGCAUUAGGUCUAACAUCUACUGUUGAUGUAACUACAAGGUUAAAAAUUCUUUAUUUACUUCAUUUAUCACCACUUCUUUCAAAUGAUUCACUGUCUUCGACUGAUCCAAAUAUUUCUGAAAGUGGAGCUGAAUAUGCCUCUGAUGCUGCUGAAUAUUUUAACACUAAUAUUUCAAGUGAUAUAAUUUGUGAAUCAAACUUAAAUGAUUUACAAACACUAAGAAGUAUUACUACUAAUUGGAAAAAUUCUACUAUUUGUUUACCAAUCAUGUCUGAAGAUAGUUUUGUCGAAUUAUGUAAAACUAUGUAUGAUUUAAUUGGAAGUUUGACAAUAGAUCAAGAAAUGCUUAAUAAUAUUUCCAAAAUAAGUACUAAUUUAUUAGAACUUGGUAAUUUAAAUAAAGAAGAGUCAAAUAAAUCUGAAAAUCGAAAUGACAGUGAAUGGUUUAUAAAUGCAGAACAAUUUGUUGCUACUGCAUUGACUGUACAAAAACUGGUCGAGUUCAUUGGAGCAAAAAGUAAUGUCUUAAAAGCUCUUCAAGAGUUGAGAAAUAUUUAAAUGUGAUAAUAUUAUGUUAUAACUAUUAAUUAAUCAUAAAGUAUAUAUAAUUAUUGUUAUUUUUACUUUUGACAAAAUCAAUGCAAUAGCAGGGUUUAAUAUCAAAUAAUAAUAAAAUAUUUAAAACAAUAUUUUUACUAAUUGUUAAUACUUAUUACUUAUUAAUUAUUAUAUUUUUAUAUAUUAUAUCAAUCUUGUAUCCUUGUAUAAUUAUUAUUGUUUAUUAUUUUAUGAAAAUAUAAGUUAAAUUUAAAGUUGUA